UUCCCAAUCUGUAGCAGUCGGUCUCGAAGUCGUCAUCUCGUUUAGUCGUGUCUCGUCAGUCUUAUACGAGCUUUGCUCAACUUGGUUUGAGAUUUUAACAUAACCGGGGUGAGUGCAAUUUUAAUUUGAAAAUAAUGUUACGGCUAAUUUUGGUGACGUUCAUCGUCGCCGGAGUUCAAGCCAGUUGUCCAAUGCGUCCAUCCUCGGAAGAAGCUUCCUCUCAACGACUUCCGGGUGACGGUGGUUAUCGUAUUUUGUUCAGUGGAGAUUUUGAUAAAUACAUUCCAAACGCUGUUUACACGAUUAGCCUACGAGGGACUCGCAAUCAUGAGAGACUUCAACAAUUUACACGUUUCACGCUAUCUAUCGAUUCACAACACUUGCCUAAUAACCCUGCUGCUCGAAUUGGAUAUUUGCAGCUCUUUUCAGAUUCGCUUGCUCAAUUUAAUGAAGAUUGUAUCAAUACAAUAUCCGAGUCAACUGACUAUUCAAAAUCAGAGAUUCAGGUGAUGUGGAGAGCACCAGCAUCAGGUUCUGGAUGUGUGGUAUUUACGGCAAUGAUAUUCGAAGAUUCAUCACAUUGGUAUGCCGAAGAUGGUGAAUUGACAAAAACAUUUUGUGAAAUGACAUCAGAUGAAGUUGAAAAAUUAGAUGACAAUAGAUGCUGUGCUUGUGAUGAAGCAAAAUACUCGAUGAUUAUGGAGGGAAUUUGGUCGAACAAUACACAUCCCAAGGAUUUUCCAUUUUCACUAUGGUUGACCCAUUUCAGUGAUGUGGUUGGUGCAUCACAUGAAACGAAUUUUUCCUUUUGGGGUCGUGAUCACACAGCAUCCGAUGGAUUUCGUCAACUCGCUGAAUGGGGCUCAGCAUCGGGAUUGGAAGCCGAAUUAAAAUCUCAAGCUCGCCACCUGAGGACCUACAUCAAGGCUGCUGGACUUUGGUAUCCCAAUGUCAACACUAAUACAACCGCGAAUUUCAGAGUUGACAAAAAGCAUCCAUUACUGUCAGUAGCCUCAAUGUUGGGACCAUCGCCCGAUUGGGUUGUGGGUGUGAGUAAAUUGAAUCUUUGUCAAAAAGAUUGCUCAUGGGUGAAGAGUAUGAUUAUUGAUCUUUAUCCAUGGGAUGCUGGCACUGACAAUGGUAUCAGUUAUAUGUCAACAAAUUCAGAAACUAAGCCACGUGAAAAAAUGAAGCCAAUCACAACAUCUUAUCCCGAGGAUCCUAGAUCACCAUUUUAUGAUCCAAGUGGAAAACCAAUGCUACCAUUGGCAAGACUCUAUUUAAAUAGAGAAACUAUUGUACCAAAAAGUUGUGACGAACAAGAUCUUCAACAGCAAAUUGCUGAAUUUGAAGUCACUGAGAAUACAGAAGACACAUCAAGACCUGAGUGUCUUACUACGGAAUACUCGCCCUGGUCAACGUGUUCAGUGACUUGCGGUAAAGGAUUGAGAAUGAGAAAAAGAGAUUAUAGAAUACCGGAAAAAGCUGCAAUGAUGGGUUGUAAUAGACAAUUGAUUUCAAAGGAAAUGUGUCUCGCGACAAGUGGCGAAUGUCCGAACGAUGCAGAAAAUGAGGACAAAGCUUUCUCUGUUAAUGAAUCCGAUUGUGAAACAUCAAAAUGGACUGAUUGGUCAGAGUGCUCAGCAUCUUGUGGUCCUGGCUUAACAAUGAGAACAAGAAAGCUCAUUUAUCGAAAUAAUCGAAAAAAGUGCAAUCACAUAUCACUUAUCGAAAAGUCUAAGUGUAUGAAACCAAAUUGUGCAUCUGGAACUGAAGAGAAACUUGAUCCCAAGUGCCCUCUUUCAGACUGGUCAACCUGGUCACCUUGCAGUGUCACUUGUGGAAAGGGAGUAAAAAUGAGAAUGAGAUUAUUAUUGACUGGUGAUACUUCAUUAAAUGCAGAAUGUUCUUCAAAAGUUCAACUUGUACAACAAAUUUCCUGUACGGAUGCAGAAGAAUGUACCAUUGAUAUGGCAACUGCCAAAGUUAUUUGUAUGGAAGAAUUGGAAAUUGGUCCAUGCAGAGGACACUUUGAACGUUGGGCUUUUGAUACACGUAAGCUCAUGUGUGUUCCAUUCUUUUACGGAGGUUGUCGAGGAAAUAAAAAUAAUUUCCCAACUGCUGAUGAAUGCACAAAAACUUGUGAAAUUGUUCGUUCAGCUCUCACUGGUCAGCAGCCAUUGAUGAAACAAAAUGAACCUUUUUCUCAAAGUCACGAUAUAAACAAUACAAAAAUUGAUUGUAUGGUUUCUCCCUGGUCACCAUGGUCAACCUGUAAUGUUUCCUGUGGACAUGGUUACGUUUACAGUUCGAGAUUUAUCAAGCGUCAACCUGAAAAUGGAGGUGCUCCUUGUCCCAAAAAAUUGCAGCGAAAAGCACGUUGUAGUCUUGCACCUUGUGACGAAUAAAAAACUAAAAAACAUUUAAAAAAAAGAAUAACAAUUAAAAAAAGAAAAAUAUUUUAAAAAAACGUUACAAAAAGAAAUUGUAAAAAAUCGAUCAAAAGUCGAAACCAAUAGAGGCUGAGAUAUUUUUUACUUUUAUAAAUUUUGUUUUAAAAAUGUAGAUUAAAAAUGAUUUUUUUUUUUUUUUUUGCUUUAUUUAAUAAACGAUUUUUGAUAAAAAAUAAUAUAAAAUGAAAUAAAUUAUUAGUAUACAUUGACUAAAAAAACAAUAUUAUAAAAUAUAUAAAUAAAUAUCAAAUGUAUCAAUAUUUAAAUAUAUUUUUUAAGAGUAUUGUA